AUGGGCGAGGAGCCCGGUGAGCGCACAGGUGAGGGCGCAGGCGAGGGCGCAGGCGAGGGCGCAGGGGAGGGCGCAGGGGAGGGCGCAGGGGAGGGCGCAGGGGAGGGCGCAGGGGAGGGCGCAGGGGAGGGCGCAGGGGAGGGCGCAGGGGAGGGCGCAGGGGAGGGCGCAGGGGAGGGCGCAGGGGAGGGCGCAGGCAAGGGCGCAGGCGAGGGCGCAGUCGAUAGGGAAGGGAGAGGGGGGGAGGAGACUAAGAUGAUCAUCAAUGAUGCGAGGGAGAGCGGGUCGGUGUAG